UCGAGUUUUCCACCACUACUCUUUUCUUCCUACUCGUCAUUAUGGACACCCAAUUCUCUACUCUCUCUCAUACUCAUUCCACAACACGUGGUGAAACUAAUCAGUUUCGUUUUGCCGAGAUCAACGGAAUCUCGGAAACUGGCGAGAUGGUGUUGUUGAACAACACGGACGUGGACGUUGACCAACAUCCACAAGAACUGCAUGAGGAACCUUCGCGUACCCCAACAGAGGAGGAUUCAGCAGAGCAGGCUCGCUUGCUUGAGCUUGAAGCACGAUGCGCCGAGCUCAUGGCUGAACAUGAAGCAAGAAAGGUGGCUUUAGCAAACGAGCUUGGAUUCUCUCUGCGCGAGGUGGAGAAGAGGUGUGAGAACAAUCUUGCACCGCUUGUCGUCACCACCAAGGCGAUAAGCUCAUGGAACCUUUUCGUUUCGAUGCGUAAGCAAGAGGAGGAUCGGCUCCGUCAAGAUGGAGCUACUGAAGAAGAAACGAUCCAGCAGCGCAACGUACGCUACGGCGCUGAGUACCAAGCGCGCAGGGAUGAACGUCCCAUGUUCCAACAAUUGGCUACGGAACAUAAUCUUGAAGCAGGCUUUGAAGGCUACAUAGCGCCAAAAGCUAUGACUCAAAAAAGCCAGCAGCUUCGGCUAAACUACGCCGAAGAAGCUCAUAAAGCUAUCAACAGGCAGCUGAGCUAUAUCCAGAAAGUAACUGGUAUUGAAGGUUUUGUCUGCUUCGGAUAUCCAAAGGUUCUAGGCAAUCAAGCCCGCCGUUUGGAUACGGGGAGAUCAAUUGGCACAGGUAUACUCUUUAUCAAUUAUUAUUUAUUUUUUCAAGACUGGUCGCGUUUAAUAAAGAGCAUACAGAACUGGGAGUGCAAUUCUGGGACCUUUGCCAAGCUUUCAAUGAAGGUCCCAAGUACGCGGGACUUCAGGAAAAGUUCGAUUUGUUUGUCAAGUCACGUUCCAAAAGUACUGGUAAGUCGCAAUAAGUGAUCGCAUUAAUAACGUACUUAUUAUGAGUAAGCAGAUUAUUUUCAGUACAUUUACAAUCGUGCAAAUGAUAUUGAGGACGGAAGAGCUCGCCAGGAUUGUGGUCCUAACAACAAACGACGACGUAAUAAAGGACCAAAUGACAGAAUGGUGGAAUUCAUC